GAAAUACUAGCGUGACUUCAAUUUGCAUAUCUCUAUCAGCCUUACCAGCUGAUACUGCUAUUAUUAGAUAUUUCCUCAGAACACCUUUCAUUGUCUUUGUUUCAGUUUGUACUGCUGAGUUCUAGAAAUUAUUAUUUCUGUUUUGCUCUUGUUCCAGUUGUGCUUAACUGUAUCAGUGCAGGCAUUUUUUUUCCAGAAUAAGAACUAGUCAUUUUUGCUAUAUUUCAGGAGAUAUGAGUUACUCUUGUAGGAAUCAUGUUGGUCAAUUUAUUCUUUUUUCAGCUGGUCAGAAAUGAAGCUGUUGCGCCAGUUGUUUUAUGUGUCAGUGAUAGUAGCCCUUUCCUCUCCAUGUCUUGGAGAAGACAAAUGUGCAGGAGUUCCAGGAAUCCCAGGGACUCCAGGGGCUAAUGGGAUGCCUGGAAGAGAUGGACGGGAUGGCAUGAAAGGUGAUCCAGGACCACCAGGUCCUAUGGGCCCCCCUAACGGUCUGUCAGGUGUUCCUGGAAGAGAUGGACUUCCUGGCCCACCAGGGUUGAAAGGUGAACCAGGAGAGAAGGGAGAGCCUGGACCAGAAGGCCUGCCCGCUUUUCUUGAUCCUGAAGUGCAGGAAAUCCUUCGCAGUUUGAAUCAAAGAAUUUUGAGACUUGAAGGAGCUCUUGCUUUGAAAGGAAUAAUACAUAAAGUGGGGAACAAAAUAUUUGCUACGAAUGAACAAUUGGUUGAUUUUGAAUCCACACUUCAAAUAUGCAACAAUUCUGGGGGAUCUGUUGCAGUACCCAUGAAUGAAAUGGAGAAUAAUGCUGUUUGGGACAUUGUGAAAAAUAUAAAUCAAUAUGCCUACCUGGGAAUCAAGGAAAGCCCAAUUCCAGGAGAGUUUGUGUAUUUUGAUGAAACCCCUGUGAAUUAUACCAAUUGGCGUCAGUAUGAACCAAAUGGGAAGGGGAAGGAAAACUGUGUUGAGAUACACACCGAUGGACGCUGGAAUGACAAAAAAUGUAACCAGUAUCGUCUUGUUGUCUGUGAAUUUUAAACACAUUCUUCAAUUACAAAAUUUCAAAUUAUAUAACCUAAACCAAUGAAAUGGUUGUGGCAUCUGAGACUGUAGUUUUAUUAAGGCCCUACUGAUAUUUGCCAACAGUUAUGGGUGAUUUCAUGGAUUUUUAAAAGAGUGAAUGGAUUUUCUCUUUCGGUGAAAUAAAUUGGCAAGUAUCAGAAAUAAAUAGCUAUUUCAUUAUAAAUCCCAAAAAACCCUAUUAGUUCAUAAAUCAUAACUUUAGUAGUCAAAAUUUUCAUCCAUUCAUAUUAGGCAAGGGAAUCAUUCAGCGGAAUAAUCAAUUGAACUUGAAGGGGCACCGUUGUUGACCCUCAACAAGCCAUUUUAAUUAUACAUUUCCCUUCUUUCCUGUCCUCUUUUCUCUUCAUUUCCUCUCUCUAUUUCUUCAUUUUCUGGAUGUAUAUCAGUAUGUCUGUUUAUUGCUAUGGUUGUGAAUGAAAUAAAAUGCCAGAAAAGCACCAAAAAGAGGAGGUGUGUCUUGAUGGAACAAGCAUGUUGUAGAGGUUUGAGUAUUGGACUAGGAUUCUGGGACACUGUUGUUUAAAACCAUGAAAUCUAAUGACCUUAGAUAAGUUAAACUAUCCCAGCCUUAGACGAAGGCAAUGGCAAACUGCUUCUGAAUAAAGCUUGCAUUUUUUAAAAAAAUCCCAUAGGAUAGAGCAUGGGUAAGAUCUUUUGCCUUGGGGCUGCAUUGUGGGACUGGCUGGGAGGGCCAGGCCAGGAGGGAGGGGGGCCGGGCACAUGCUGGGUGAGUCAGGAGGACCCAGGAAAGGACGUGGCCAGGAGGGGGCAGGGCAGGGCCCCAGUCAUCCUCAGGUUGUCCUCCCAGCAUAGGAACAGGGCUGUUCACAAGGCUUGAGCGAUCCACGUAAAAAUUGAUUCUAAACUCGCUUCAAAAGUAGGGGGCGCUAGCAUUUCGUUUCCAAAUUUUGUCCUCAAAAUUUUUUGAAAUUUAACAAAAAUUCGUUAGUUUCAAAAGUAAUUCGUUAAUGGCAGACGUGCAUGCGCAGUGGCCCAAAACAGCCCGGGAGGGGGCUUUUACGGGGCUCUCCUGCACUCAUUUUUUUCAGCUAUCCUGAUCAAAUUUGGUACAGUGGUAGAACACAAUCCACCCUGCUUGCUCACCAAACUGCAGAGUGUUUGCCCUUUCCUCAGAUUUAUUGCGCAAUUUCACAGUUUAUAUAGAAAAUCUUUAUUUAACAAUUGCAAAAAUCUGUUCCUGCUUUUAUAUUGUUAUUUCCUGUUCAAUGGGGUUUCCUUCACUGUGAAAGUCCUUCUUCUACUUGUGUAAUAUUGUUUCAGUGCCCGUAAAUCUGUCAAAAUGUUAGGACAUUGGUGGCCAAGAGACACAUUGCGCUGCCACAAUGCACAAUGACUUUCCCCAGGCAUCCAGGUUGGAGGCAAUUCUACCACAGUGGGCAAGCCCCUCCACCUCCCAAUAAAUGUAAGAUUUGCGCGACGUUGGUUUGAGUUAUCGCCUGAUGUUAAAAUGGGUGCUUGGAUCCCACUCCCCGGGGAACCAGCCACUGUUGGGCGGCACCCACCCUAGACCCUUUCCCUAAAGCAUCAGGGCGGGGGCUUAGCUGCCGAGAUAGACAUGGGGGCUUGGAUCCAUUAAAAACACUGGCAGGGGGAGGGGAAGGUAGGACUGCAGCCGUUUUGCAGCCUUGGACGGUGUUGUUAAAAAUUCAGAAAGGCCUGCUUUCAUGAAGGUCCUCCAGAGAACCCGGGGCGGUCAUCCUGAAAAAGGAAGGAUCUGGCCAAAGUAGCCCAAUUCUGGACAGAAGGAAAGCUGAGAGAGAACUGAGAUGCAUCAUGGGAAACCCGACCAAGUUGGCCAAGAGGCAACGAAAACCAAAAGAAAAAAUCACCGUGGGGAUCCGAACCUCUAUGUCUAUCUCAGCAGCAAAGACCCCACCCUCCGCCGGCCACAGUUGGCUGGCAUGUGUCCCAGAAAAAGAGAGAGAGAAAAUAAGAGGACCCCGCGCUAAAGGAAGCUUCUUGGCAAAUUUGCCCAAAUACGGACAGAGGGAAAGCUGAGAGAGAACAAAGAUGCAUCGCGGGAAACUCGACACAAUUGGCCAAGAGGAAACAACAAAAGAAAAAAUCCCUGUGGGGAUUCGAACCUCUAUGUCUAUCUCAGCAGUAAAGACCCCACCCUCCACCGGCCACAGUUGGCCAGCACGUGUCCCAGAGAAAGAGAGAGAAAAAAUAAGAGGACCCCACGCUAAAGGAAGCUUCUUAGCAAAUUCGCCCAAAUAUGGACAGAGGAAAAGCUGAGAGAGAACAGAGAUGCAUCGCGGGAAACUCGACACAAUUGGCCAAGAGGAAACCAAAAACAAAAGAAAAACUCCCCGUGGGGAUCCGAACCUCUAUGUCUAUCUCAGCAGCCACAGUUGGCCGGCACACAUCCCAGAGAGACUGGCCCGCCCCACCCACAAAGUUUUCUGUUUUUGUGACCUUAUGCUCUGCUCUGCGGCGAAAUUCUGUCAUGUUACUUCUCUCCGAAAAGACUACCGGAAGGUCUCGGUAACGGCUGUCCUAAAAGGCCAAAUGUCAUCCCACCCCAACGUGGGAAAGAAAAAUAAGUAUUCGAUCAAACCGAAGAGGCUUUACUGCCAGACAAAAAGGCAGUUAAACCACUCCACACUCCAAGGCCUUAGCAGACAGUUUAUCGCCCAUUGCGACCAGGAAAGCAGAAAACUUAGGGCCCCCUGACCUCACAAUUUCUCUUCUAUUUGCUUUGCCUUUCCUCUCCUUUGCGUCGCUUCCACAAAGUUUUCUGUUUUUGUGACAUCGCUUUCUGCUUCACUCAAUGCUAAAUCUUCACCAUCCCCAAGUCGAUGGAUACUGCCGCUCGAUUAACCCAAAGCAAAAUGUUGUUUUGAGUGGCACAAUCUCAGGCACUUCCUUGUUAUCAAGGUGAGGUAGUCCGUUGUUGACUUUGAGGUAGUCCGUUGUUGACUUUGAGGUAGAGAUGCAAUGCAACAGUACUGUAGUCUCCAUCAUCCAAGACUCAGUGAUACUAUAUCAAAGCCAUUACUGUUGCAAAUGUUUUCAAUGUUCUCUCCUCAUCAAAGUUUCUGCUGGCCCGUUAUCUCGGAUAAGUGAGACUCUACCGUAUUUCUUUUUCCUGAUUUUUUUAGGGAAGGAACCACAUCGAUUAGAAUAAUGUUCUUUCUCUAGAGUAACUGGGAGGAUCUGGAUAAGACCACAGUCAUAGUACUUUCGCGGAAAAUAAUUUUUAAAAAGGAUUGAGAUUUGAUUUUAAUCCGUUCUGUACCCAAAGCGGGUGCAUUUCCUAUCUUGGUUUUUAUAGACUAAGUUCCCCUUGAAUAUCAGAACAACUUCUUCCCAGCCAGAAUCAUUAAUAAGGGAGACAAAACCUGGACGAACUGCGGGUACUGCCCCCUAGGGAAUGGUGUCUCCGAAAACGAAAGCGGACAACGGUGUGCGAUGAUUAAGACGAACAGGAAAACUCUAGAGUACAGAAGGGAUAACUGAGAUCUAGGAAAGCUUUGGAGGAUAGAGGAGAGAGGUGUGGGACAUAAGGGAAAGGGACCCCCCCCAAAAAAAAAAAUUAGCCAAAGGUAAUCAGAAGCAGAGCAGCUUAAAGGAAGAUUACUGUUGUUCUAGGAGGCGUGAGUGUCAAAAUCCAAAUCAGAGAAAUUCAACACGGGAAGGUUGGCCUUCAAGAAGACCAGUUUCUCAACUGUUUGUGGGUCCAGCAAGCUGUGGUGGGGUGUGACUACAUCUCCCGCUAGGCUGAAGACCCUUUCGCUCUGCACGCUGGUGGGUGGACAGCUGAGAAACUGGUGGGCUACGUGCGACAGAUCCGGCCACAUGUGAUCACGUGAAGCCCAGUAAGCCAAUGGAUCACAGGAAAUUAUCUCUGGAGGCUCCUCAAAGUACCAGUUGACCGAGCAUUCGGCCGAGUCUAUCUUUUGCACAGAAGCCAGCAAAGAGGUAUCUUCUGAGCGGGCUAGUAUGGCCACCGUCUCUGCAAAGAAAGCAUUUCCUUGUCGCUGCUGGAGACCCGUUACCCUACGGCAACCCCCAGCCGGCUCCCCGGGACUGUCGCUCUUGCCACUUGCGCUAGUGCAGGGAGUGGCAGGCAUCUCCGGUAGAGGAGCCACUGUGCCCGUUUCCCCCACCCUGGCAGCAAAGACCUCCCUCACAAGGUUAACUAGCUGGGCCUUCCAUACGGUAAAGUCUUUUGGGCAGACGGUGUACUUUAGCCAUGGAUCGCACAAGGCUGCCAGCAUAUGGAUCUUGCUGGUUAGAAGUGGCUCUAGGCGUUUCCAUACAGCAAAGGACAACCUCCUCACCAUCUCCUGGACCUGCAGUGUCAGCGGGCCAGCCAGGGAGUCCAGUGUUCGACCGGCCCCAAGCAUUUCAAGGUGCCUCCUUAGCCCCAAGACAAGGGUCACCACCUGGCUAAGAAGGGCUUUUGAUUCUGAAAAGGUCUCUGUGGCAUCUUUGAAUGGCUUCAGGACGUCUACCAGCUGGGAGAUGGUGUCCCACUCUUGCUUACUUGGCACAAGCUUGCUUACAGGCGCAACUAAGGAAAGGGAGAUGCCGUGUACCACCUUCUGCUGCUUGACCAUGCAUGCCAGCAUCUUAUAGGUUGAAUUCCACCAGGUAGAGACGUCUGGAGCAGUUUGUGCUGCGGGAGCCCUUCAAGGUUCUGUCUCUCUCUCAGCUCCCGGGCUGCCUUGGUGCUCCUGUGGAAGUAGCCCGCGAUCUUUCUGCAGCGUUCGAUCAGCAGGGCGAUGUUUGCGGUGCUGGUCGGCUGCUCUUCGGGGCUCUUUAAACCUUCCUUGAUGGUAUUGUGAAGCAAGUGGGCCAUGCAGGUGACAUUCGAAAACCCUGCAUUUUCCACCGCUUUGAUCAUAUUUUUACCAGCGUCAGUCACCAUGAACCCCCUCCUCAUUUCUUCUGGCCUGCACUGCAUCCACUCCCCCAUCAUGUUUCCCAGAUAGCUGCAGAUGGUCUCUGCCUUGUGAUCACGAUCAACUACCUCCAUAGAGAGGAGUGCCCAACGAUGGGAUGUAUCCAUACUGCCUUCUUUCUCCCACCAAUGCGCUGUCAGAGAGAGGUAGGAAUGUCCCCCUCCCAAGCUCAACCAAAUAUCAGAGGUAAAAUGGAUGUGUCCUCCCAUGGCGCUCUGCAACAUCUGGACAAUGCGUUCUUUGCAGCCCUCAUACAAGCCGGGAAUAACUGUUCAGGAAAAGGUGUGAUGGGAGGGGAUUUUGUAGCGGGGGCAAAGGAGUUUCAUAAGGCGAACAAAGCCAUCUUGUUCAACCAAACUGCCAAGGUGGCACGCUGAGCAUGGACAUUAAAAUGCUCCCAAAUAUAUGACCUUGGCCUUCCCAUAGCCACUGCGCUGAUGCCCAGGGAGGUUGGAGUCAUGGGCACCAUAACAGCAGUCCAAGAAAGUCUAAGAUUUGAUGGUACUACUUCAUCUUCCUCCUCCUCACUGUCAGUAGCGGGUGGAGGGGUGGGGUUUCCGAGAUCCUCACUAUCCUGUACUUCCAGGACGGCAACACCUCCAUGUUCCAUUGUUCGUGCACUUGUCUCAGCUCCAACAGACAACUGGCUGCGGGUGGAGGGCUGUGAACUUCUAACAGUCGAACAGCCAGCUUCAUCAUCAAGUCCACCCACUCCCAUCGAGGCGUGUUCAAGACGGAUGGAAUUCCCCCUAACUUUUUUGGCCCCCCACAGAGUCUGGGCUGUGGCUUGACCAUUACCAGGACUUGGUCCACCAGACCCGCGUUCAGCUGAACGCUUCAUGAUAGCGGGUGGUUUUCAGCUUUCAGAAGGGAGGAAGGGAUUGCGUUACAGGGAGGAAAGAAGUGUUGUUUGUUGUUUGGCAACAUGUCCUAGGUGUAUCAGAAACCCUUCUCUUACUGUUGUUCUUAUUCUGAUACUGUAAAAUGGGUAUACCAGUAUUUUCCAGACUUUGCAAGUGUUGAUAGGAGUAAGAGAGCCAGCCAAUGUGCACUAGUGUGCAAGAAAAGAAAAUGGAAAAGUAUUCCCCCCUCCUUGUUGUCCACGUUCUAUUUCUGUGGAUUAUGGGUGCUGCACCGUUUAUCAGACUUUGCAAGCGUUGAUAGGAGUAAGAUAGCCAGCCAAUGUGCACUUACUGCACUAGUGUGCAAGAAAAUAAAAGGGAAAAAUACAGCCUCCCUUGUUGUCCACGUUCUAUUUCUGUGGAUUAUGGGUGCUGCACUGUUUGCCAGACUUUGCAAGCGUUGAUAAGCUUAAGAGAGCCAGCAAAUGUGCAGUGCAAGAAAAUAAAAGGGAAAAAUACAGCCUCCCUUUUGUCCAAGUUGUAUUUGUGUGGAUUAUGGGAGUUGCAAUGAAAAGUUUCCCAAUAAAACCCCCCAAAAAGCUGCUGAGUUAGUACUACUUUUAUUCUUUGACCGAAAGAAAACUAAAAGCCCACCCCGCCCCAGACAAUAUGGCCAGCAGAAAAAUUGCAGCGCUGGUGGGCAAAUGGCAAACGCCAAGCUGGUGGGGAAAAAAAGCCCACAGGCCCUUUUUAAAAACACCCUCCUCCCCAAACACCUACCCUUUUUUCCCUCCUCACCCACCCUUUCCCCCCGGUCUUCUUUGGAUCAAGCUCAGCCAAGGAAGCUGUGACGCAGCACUAAAAUCUUGCCUGCCUGGAAUCUCACUCUAAGGCAACCAACUACCCUCUCCAGAUCCCCGGUACGAAUGAGCAACGAGGCUCCCAGUGCAGGCUCUUUUCAUUCAGGACGUACAAGCCCUUCCCCUGAGUUAAACGUGCUCUCCGAUUGGCCACAAGGGGGAAACAACAUGCUAGGUUGCCCCAGUGGACUGAAACAAGUUUGGGUGAUUUGCAAAUGCUUGUUUUCCUAACGAAAAAAAAAAACAAUGACAUCAGAAAAAUUGCCUAUCCCGGUUCGAAACUGUGGGAUCCACACGACGGGACAAUGCGAUUCAAAUAUCACUUCAAAAGCGACAAAACAAAUGAAUUACUAACGACAAAUGGGGAAAUCGAAUUUUUUGAGCAAGCCUACUGUUCACCCCAUCCUUAUGCUGGGAGGAAGGCUAGACACGCGGUGAUUGCCCCGAUAUUACUUCUCAUCCUCCUCCCCGAUCCUCGGGCUCUCCUCUUGGCAUUAUGCCGGGAGAUGGUGAGACAUACAGUGGCUGACAGUGCUCCAGAGGGCUUUCAGCUGCUAUGUGCCUUCCUCCCCCAUCUUUUUGGCAUAAGAAUGCAGUGGGGCACUAUGUCCUUAUGCCAAGAAGAUAGGAAAUGAGGAGGGCCUGAGGUAAGCACCCAGGGGCCGCAUCGUGCCUCCGGACCUUAGUUUGCACAUGCCUGGGAUAGAGUCACCAUUACCUGGAGUCAAUGUGAAGGCAUAUGGUGGCAACUGCAGCAGCAAGAACAACUUUAUGACACAUGCAUACACACAACUAAAAUACCAUGAACAAGAGCUUCUACUCUGCCCUCAUCAUACAGAUAUGGCAGUCUGCUCACAGACAUAUUUUAAUGAAUAUUAAAAAUUCUCUUUAAUAGUUGCUCUGCAGUACAGUAAUGCUAAAGCAGCAAAUAGGAUGGCCUCAAUGCUAAACUGCCUGAAAUUAAUUACAGAUUAUUCAUAUAAUAUUUAAACAGCCACCAAGUAUUUGCUAAGAAAAUAACGUACAAAAGAAUGUUUGAGAAUCAGGAUGUUCCUUGCAUUUGAUGAGUAUUUGGGAACUGGUCCAGGUAUUAUUGUGUUUCAUGAGAAAACUUGCAUUAUGAGGCAUUGUUUAUAAAAGGUUUACUUCCAUACCACGUAGUAGAGAACUUUUUUUUGCUAGGUAACUCAAUAAACAUGGCUCUGUAUUUAGAAGUUCACUUAUGAGGUCAACCCAUCCACAGAAAUCCUUUGAUGGAGCAAUCUAAAACUUAUUUUAGAAACUAGAUUCCCUGAACAUGGUAGGGCUUAUGUCAAAGAAGGCAUUAUCAGAUUUCACAGUAAAUCAUGUGUUGGGUUACAUUCCUGUGAAGUGUACUUCUCAAACCUGUGGUAAAAGUAAAUAACUAGUUAGGCAUGGAGCUGAAUCAGCUUCUUCAUGCUUUCCUGUGUUAAGAACAUUUUCACAUGACACAAAAAGUGAGAAAAGCUCAAAUGUGCUUUAAAGAUCUCACAUAAAUAAGAGCAGGGGUCCUCAAACUUUUAAAGCAGAGGGCCGGUCCACAAUCCUUCAGCUGUGGAGGGGCCUGUAAAGAUGUCAUGAUCAUUGUGUUUUAUUCAUGAUUGUUAUGUUUAGGUUGACUGUUUAUACAGAAGCUGGGAGCCUCUAAGGCAUGGCCAAGAAAAGGGGCGUGGCUUCACCUUGCUGGUGGAAGCCUUAGAAUUCAAAAUUUAGCAGUUGGAAUUUGGCAGUUGGAGUUUGUCGGUUGAGCAGAGCAGUUGGUUCUAUUCAGUGGGAAAGGAGUGUGAUCGAAAUAAAGAGAUUGUGGGAGGAAGUUGAGCAGCUAGAGAGUUUUAGCGGAGAAGGGCUAAAACUAAAGUUGCUGAGCCUUUAGUAGGAAUAACUAAAGAGCUGAGGUUACAUCCCUAAGUCAUAGAAGGACUAGGGUUAACCAGUUAAACUCCCCAGUCCAAGUUUGAUCGGGUACAGAUCAAUUAAGUUCAAGAAGGACAGUAUUCCUAACUGAAAGAAACAAGUCUUAUAAAGCUAAUACCAUACUAAGCUCAGUGAAACGAUUGAAAAGUCUUGCAACACUUACUGUACAGAAGUAACAUCGUUCAACUUAAGUUAUAACAUUCUUGCAACCAUCAAGCUUUGUACUAUAAAUAAACAAGUUACUGUUUCUUCAAA